GAGGAGAGGGACCAGAGUGAGAUGAACAGAUCCGAGGACAAGAGAUUUCACCAGAAUUUAGAGCUCUCUGACUGGACGGAAACCAGGAAGUGUGAAGCAACUUUAAUCAAAUAAGGAAAUACAUUCUCAUGACAAAGUGUGUGUUUCCAAAAGACUGGAUCAUGAUCCUCAGGAGAUACUUUUUGAGUCGCCUUGUCACGAUCACACCUGAUUCAUCGGCCAGUUUCACUUUGUGGAAACCGUGUGACCUCACAGCAUAAGGAUUCGUUCGCUCGACUGUAGUCAGCUUUAUUACAGAGUCUUGGUCCAGAGUUCACAGACGCAGGAUAAACAAACAGCCCACUCCUCCAACACGACCCUGACAGCAGCCGGAGCAGCGCCUCCACAGAUCAGACUGGGCCCACGAGGCUCUGAGACUGAGUCAGGCUCAUGAGGAAACUGUUCUGACGGCGACCGUUGACUCUUUGCCUGAAGCAGACCGUGUUCAUCCGAAGAGUUCUGACUCAAACCGACACAAACAUGUGAGCUGCAUUUAUUCACUUCCAGGGCGGCCAUGUUGUGGGUCCUGGUCCUCAUCAUGGCUCCCGUUCACGCCAGUCGGACCGUGGCCUGGGACGAGACCAAGAAACAAGCCCGCUUCACCGAUGAUGAGUCGGCGUCUGUGCGUCCGCUCAUUUAUUACUGCAGGUCGAGGAACAUGGAGGACUUCAGCUGCUACUGGCAUCCACUGGACAACGUGUCUGAGAGCGAACACAUCACCUACAUACUCACCUACUACAAAGAUAAAGGUCCGGUUCUGGAGUGUCCGGACUACGUGAGCUCUGGACCGCACAGCUGCCACUUCGACAGUUUUCACACGAACAUCUGGAAAAUGUACUGUAUGAACGUUACCGCGGUGACGCCCCUGGGCAACUACACGUCCCCCCAGCGCUGCCUCGACGUGGCCGACAUCGUGGAGACGGAGGCGCCGGUGAACUUGACCUACGAAAUCUACGACGCCGGAGGAGACGAGAUGGGGCACAACAGCCUCCUGACCUGGUCCUACCCCAAACCCGAAGACGUUCGGUACGGCUGGAUCACGCUCAUUUAUGAACUACAGUACAGGAGGGUCAACGAGCCGACCAACUGGAAGGUGAAGAGUUCUCUGCGUGACCCUCAUGUGGAGUUGUUGGGACUUCCUGUCGGAGAGUACGUGGUUCAGGUCCGAUGUCGAUCUCGUAACUACGGACGCUGGAGCCAAUGGAGCCUCCCUCUGUACAUGAGUAUACCUGCAAGACCCCCCACAGCAGACUCGCUGCUUUCUCGCUCCCGCUCCCGUCUGUCCCAACAGUCCGCUCCCAUGGACUCACCUGAGGUACGAGUGUCCACCUCUGCUGCCGCUGACCGUUCACAUUUUCAUCUCUGGGGUCCACUGCAUUUGGUCCCACACAGUGGAGUGAGUGUGGUGGUUCUGAUCGGCUUCACUCUGGGCCUGGUUCAGCAAAGCAAAAGAAUAAAAGACUAUUUCCUGCCUCCCAUCCCCAAACCCAGGAUCAUUGGAAUCGACCCUCUUCUUCUGAAGAAAGGAAACCUGGAGGAAAUCAACCGUCACUUCUCGUCUUUCCACGGCUACAGUCCUCCGAGUUACAGCUACGCCGACGACAUCUGGGACCAGGUCAGCGCCGACGACUCGCUCCUCACCUCCCCUCCACCUAAUCCUCCCACCGUAACCAACGGCAACCACCAAAUAAACGAAAGAAACAACGGCAACGACGAUCACGAAAGAGACAAAGACGCGCUCAUCAUUCCCUGUAACGUCACGCCGGCCAAUCUGGGAACCUACGUCACCAGCCCCACGCAAAUUUUCAACUCCAUUUCGCCGAAGAUUCAGCCGGAUUUCGUGGUGGCCGUUCCCGGUUCGGAGUACAGCGUCAUGGGGCAGCCUGGCGUUCCGGAAAUCGCACUAACUUCGGAGAAAAGUGAAGUUAAAUCAAAUUCCGUGCCGGAUUUUUACACGUGCGUACAGCUGAUGCACGACACCGGGGAGGUCCAUCUUGUUCCGUGUUUACCGCCUUCGUAUUGUAGCGCUUUUCCGAUCUGGGAUGACAAAAUGAAGCAGAAAGAAGAGUUCGAAGCCCGGAAAAUCCAAGACGGAGGCGAGACGGAAGCCAACCGAGAAGUCAGGCUUGUUUCAAAUGUUCAAUAAAGUAAAAUAUUUCAGAUAUGAACUUAUGUACGACCUUUUCGAACACUGUAUUCCUCACUUAAAGUCUCUGCACCAGAUUUUUUCUGUCUUAAAAAUGUGAAAAACAGAAUUAGUUUGUUUAAAAAAGUUACUCCAAAUUUACCUUAUGCAUUCAGAGCAUCCUAAUUAUUCACGGAGAUGAGCUUAUUAGAGCUUUUCACGACUUUCAGAGACCAGAGCGGAGUUUUGCAGGCACAGUAACGACAAUUAGCAUGCUAACCGUGCACUUCCUGAUUCUCAGAUAUUGAAACACUAGCACAGUAGACUGGGGGUGUAACGAUAUCCAAGUCUCACGAUACGAUAUCGUCACGGUAUGAACCUCACGGUACGAUAUUUAUUGUGAUAUGGUGGAGAGUCUCAAGAUAUUAGGAUAUUAUAAAACGCUUUGAGCAUCAUUUGGUAAAACAUUUAUUGUCGCAUUCCCAUCAGACAUUUUGAACAACUUGAAAAACCUUUGAAGUUGAAGCUGACUGAAUCAGCACACAAGUUUUUUUCAACGCUUAUGCAAAUUAGUCAUGUGGCCUGUAAGUUUUGUUUCUGUAAAACGUAAACAAGGCUGCGCAAAGCUGCAUUAAACACAUUAUUACUCAAUGUAUAUCUGAGUCCUCCUCGUAGGAAAUAAAAAAAACAAAAAACUUAAGUGCGAUGGCUUUUUAUAUUUCAGCUCCAGUUUAUCUUAUAACAUGUUAAACCUGAAGCCGUCCACCGUGGAAAAUGGUGCAAAUCACUCGCUUUAUAUUCUGCAAUGUAUUUCGUACUUGUUAUUUUGUACUUGUUUUUCUGAACACAUUCUUGAAUAUUUUCAGCGUGCCGGUUUAUUAAGGUCCUUCUCAUGUUGUAGUAUUUUCCAAGGUGAACCGCACGCUGCAUUGUGUCUGCACACUGUUUGUUGUUUCUCCAUCACCUUUUCUCCUUUCUCAUUUCGUGUCAUAACAAACCCAAACUGCUUUUAGACCUCAGACUAAGAAGUCACUGGUGCAUCCACAACGGGCGCACAGGCGCAGCUGCAAAGGAUUAUGGUCCAUGUAGUCCAUGCUCUAUGACUGAAAAUUUUUAUUUUUGCCUAAAGAUACUCAGUUUUAGCCUGAUUCAUCAGCCAGUUUUACUUUGUUUCACUUCGUACAAACCGUCUGACCUCGCAGUGUUAGAUUUCGUUUGCUCGAUGAUAGACAGGUACGUUUUAUCAUUUAACCAAUCGCUGCUAUUUGGUCGUGACGUAUGUAAUGCGCUGCUAACGGGGCUAACUGGGAUAUUAAGCUUUUCCCAAAGAAGGACAAUAACGUCUUUCUGCUUGAUAAAAUUCACCAAACAUUCUCUUUGUUCCGGCUUUAAAUCCUCCAUCUCAGAAAUCGUUGACAACACAGAAUGUAUGGGUCUUCGCUGAUUGGCUGAUGCCCUAACUUGUACUUUCGUGAUUUUUGCGACCCAUCCAUCCAUCCAUUUUCGUCCGCUUAUCCGGGGCCGGGUCGCGGGGGCAGCAGCCUAAGCAGGGACUCCCAGACUUCCUUCACCCCAGACACGUCCUCCAGCUCCUCCGGGGGGACCCCGAGGCGUUCCCAGGCCAGCCGAGAGACAUAGUCCCUCCAGCGUGUCCUGGGUCUUCCCCGGGGCCUCCUCCCAGGGGGACAUGCCCAGAACACCUCCCGAGGGAGGCGCCCAGGAGGCAUCCGGAACAGAUGCCCGAGCCACCUCAACUGGCUCCUCUCGAUGUGGAGGAGCAGCGGCUCUACUCCGAGCUCCUCCCGUGUGACUGAGCUCCUCACCCUGUCUCUAAGGGAGCGCCCAGCCACCCUGCGGAGGAAACUCAUUUCAAGCGCUUGUAUCCGCGAUCUCGUCCUUUCGGUCACUACCCAGAGCUCAUGACCAUAGGUCAUAGAUUUUUGCGACCCGUCUAUUGUAUUUUGAUUCCUGACCUAGUCGCUGGAGAGAAAUGAAAUUAAGCCGAGGCACUAGGUGGCGCCAUCCUGGAUAACUCAGUUUAAUACCAUGACGAGACCACAAUGAUAUCGUGACAAAUUUACUACUAUGAUAUUGUGAUAUCGUCAAUAUCGUUACACCCCUACAGUACACUUAUUUUGACUUUAAGAGCUGUUUAUACGAUAUAUAUAUAUAUAUAUAUAUAUA